AUGGACGCUAUUUGUGUUCUGAGAGAAAAUGCACUUCGUCUAGUUUCAGGUGGGCAACCCAUGAGCGCGCUUCAUUUGGUCGAAAUGCUCUGCGAGCUGCAGCCGAAUAGCGACGAAAACCGCUCCUUGAAAAUUCGAUGUCUUUAUGAGCUGCAUGAGUUUGACAGUGUGUUGAAGCUGGCCAAGCAGAUGACUUUUGCAUACGAUCAAAACAGCGAGGUAUUUUUGCUAGCUGUAAAGGCCGCCUUCGAGCUUGGGGAUCUCAAAACGUGCGUCCAGCACGCAAUGACUCUCAUUAACGCUGAUUCAUCGAAGGUAGUUGCGAUGUGCUUUGUAGCCAAAGCUGCUGAGCUUUCCGGCGACCCCGCGAAAGCUGUGCAUUUUUACAAAAUGGCACUUGAAGCUGACCCAUUUUGUGGCGAGGCAUUCAGUGCACUGACAGAGCGUCAUCUUCUAGAUCACUGGGAAAUACUGGAGCUUAUCGAUUCACUCCGCAUACCACCUGAGAUUGAGGUUUAUCGAAGUUCUCUGAAAGCACGCAUUGGCUGUGAUUAUAUCACAUCUGGUAUCAGCGGUGUGCCUCGGACGCUCGUGCUUCUUGCUGGAGCGAAAAAAGAGUAUGAGCGCAAUAAUUUGCGCCAGGCGCUCUCGUUGACAACAGAAAUUCUGGAGAUGGAACCGUAUCACCGCCAGACAUUGUGUCUGCAUCUAUGCAUCCUUGUUGAUUCAAAGGCAACACCACUGCUUUUCGAAAAGGCGCACUUUCUUUCCAAAAACAAAUGUUACACAGAGUUGGCAGUGUACGCAAUCGGCUGUUUCUACUAUUCACUAUCGAACUACGAGCGAGCGGGACGGUACUUUAGCCGAGCAAGUGAACUCGAUUGCUAUUUCGCUGAAGCGUGGAUAGCAUACGGCCACUGCUACGCGAAGCUGGAAGAGGGUGAACAAGCAUUGAAUGUCUAUCGCCGUGCCAUGAACUUUUUCCCCGGACUUAGCGUCUGCUGCACGUACGUUGGUAUGCAGUACAGUAGGGUUAACCAGCGCUCUGUUGCACGCUGCUUUUUCGAGGAGUCACUGCGAAAAAACCCUGUCGAUUCACUUGUGCUGAACGAGCUUGGCGUUCUGGCGCUCGCAGAAGAUAAUCCAAAGCAAGCACUUGGGCUGUUUCAAAAAGCGUACGACAGUCUUCCGAAUCGAGAGAAUCCAUCUGAACACAGUGAUUGCAUCUUGUUUAAUCUGGCCACUAUGUACCGCAAGUUACGACAAUACGAAGCUGCUAUUGAUUACUACAAUCAAUACGUCAGAAGCCGACCAAACGCCAGCCACGGUCACUGUGCUCUUGGCUUCACAUAUCAUCUCUCAGGAAACAUCAAGGCUGCUAUCAGCUGCUAUCACACAGCCGAGAGCAUCAAGCCAGACUCGUUUUGCCGAGAUCUACUGCGGAGAGCACUUGAACUUGACUUUGGAAUUCGCGGAAGGCUUUCGUGGGAUUCUGAGAGGCCAUAUUCAUCCUUCUCGCCUGGAGAAGUCUCUUUUUCCACGGUUUCGCGAAGGCUUCGGUCCGAGUCGACUGAUGCAGACAGCGUAACCGCCUCACCACCUCCUAGUGUCGGUCGAAGCUUAGAUUUUCAGCCACAAUGA